UUUCAAUUGCGCUGCAAGCGUACAUUGAGCCACAAGAAGAACGGGAAACCCGCUCCAAAUAAGAUGCCGCGGACCGAUGUCGGUGUUAAUUGAUCUGGUUAUUCUGUUGUAAGAAAAGGAAACACCACACUGCGGCAUAAUUUCAUUUUUGCCCCGCGGAGAGGAGGAUGGUGUCUGGGUUGUCAUAACUUUGGACUCGCUGCUUUUCCUUGGCACGCGCACUGAUCCAGUUGGUGAGGGCAGCAGUUGCAGGGUUCUGCAGUUGCAGGGUUCUGAUCCUCAGGAGAUGACGGAAGUGGUAGAGCCCAAGCUGGACUUUGCAUCCUCGGGUCGCUCGGGGAGAAGGAACGCCCUACCUGACAUCCUGGGUUCACCGGCUGGGGUCAACCCCACUGACCUUCCACUCAAACUGGCCGAGCUCAACCUCACAGAUGUUCAGGGAGAAGCCCAGUCUCCCACGGCGGAGGAGGCCCCACCCCCUCCAGAGAGCUCUGAGGGAAAUGAGGGAUCAUAAGGCUGCCUGGUGGGGGUCUAACUAGCCCCAAUGUUUACCUCUUGUGAGGCUGAUGAGAUAACUGUAGAAGAGGAAUGGAUGGGUAGGACGAUACAGAAGGACCAAUGAAGGAGUGGUGGGCCUGUUUGAACAGCAGCUGAGCUGCAGGCAGGGAUGAGCGGAGAAAGGGUGGGAGAGAAAGUUAGAAGGAUGGACAGAGAACUGUCUCUAUCACACAAUCUGAAAAGGCUUAAGAAAAGCGUUGGUGUGUGUGGGUGGACAGAUCACCUCUACUCCCACACACACUGCCAUGAGAAACAAAGGAAAUAUGCUGAUUAUAUACUUUUGUGCAAAACGGAGAAGUCUCAAUUGAAAAAAUGUCAAAUGUCAAAUUUCCUGCUGACGUCUAUAACAGGUAGGACGAUGGGCGGAUCCUAGUGGCCUAUAGUGGUUCUGAGCUUUCUGAUUGUUCUGGAAGAUAUAAGGUGAUAAUGUAUUAUAAUGUACUAGAAAUGUUUGAAGAACGAGGGGAGAGUGAGUUAACUGUAUAACAAGGGGUAGCUGGCUUCCUCUUUCACACAGACAUUUGAUGUAAGUAUGAAUUCAGAUCUGAGACUUUAAUACGGAUGGCAGCGUGGUGUGUACAGCAUAAAUGGGUUUCUAAACGUUGUUAGUGGUUUUGAUGACAACCAAUGGGGCUAUAAUGCUAAUGGGCUGAGAUGAAGACGAUGACUGAUGUGAUUGUGACCUGAAGUGUUGAUGUGUUUAUUUGCAAAGGUUAACUAGAAGCUAAAGCUAAUGUUAUGAGUAGGAGGACAAUCCAAUCCCUGUCUUUUAAACAUUCCUGACAUCAACCUAAAACGGUUUCUCACUGCCAACCAUGUACUGUUCAAACACUCCUCUGCUGUUGGUGUAUUUCUAUCCCGGAUUUAUCCCGGUGUAGGCUCAGACUUUUCUGUUUCCAUCUCCGUGGGCCGGCACCCGUGUCUCACUGGGCCAUGGCUCCAGCGGACCUGCACUCACUUGGAGCCGAAGCCAGGCUGCUGGUACUUUUCAGAUGGCAUUUACAUAACAAUGGCUCACUGUGAACUUUAACACCUUCUCACAAAGCUGCUGUUUGGAUUAGGCAGAGGUUGUUGAUUCUUCUGUUCACAAGUCCUCAGUGUCAGCACUAGCUAUGGAAAUACACUUUGGCUAGAAUAACACAAGGGUGUAUACACUCUUGUAACAUUGGUGUUGUGGUUGAGAAAACAGCAUGUGACAACUGCUGUUGUGUUAAUCUAUUCAGCUCAAGGCUCUUUCGUUAAAAGGCUUUCUAUUUUCCCAGACUCCUCUGAAAAUGUGCCUGGUAACAGUUUACAUGGAAACCUGUUUUGUUGUGUUCUAUAGCUCUGUGUGAAGUGCUGUUCAACAGUAUUUUGGCUAUUGACACAUACAUGUAAACACCUUCUUUUUUUGUUGUUGUAGAAGACGUGCCUAUCCAGGUGUGUACAGUACAGAGAAAUGUCACAUUUAUAACCAGAACACUACUAAAUGCAAUGUUACCGAUGUAUACGCUCAAAGACGAAUACCACCCACACCCACAGCAAGGCCUUGGAGAUGGAACGCUUGUGCACGUUUCCCAGUGUGGUCGGCAUAUGCCUGCGGUCUGGGUAUGGGAGCAAGCACCAAGCAACACCGCCACCAAAGUGUUACAUCACGUCUGGAGCGUCCUUUCUGCCUCCUUCUGCUCCACUCAGCCACUGACGGACUGGGACCAUAAAUCGGCCCCAGCAUUUGUAACACACAGGUCCUUUUUUUCUCCUGGAGGCCCCUAUUGUUAGCCAAAUAAUGGUCAUUCUGCGUAAAAAACGACAAUUUAGACAAGCCCACUUGGCUAAAGAUGGACCAUCCGGCAUUUUCCCGAACUGCCCUAUGGCCAGUCCGUGCCUGCACUACUCUAUCUCUUACUCAUCAAAACAAUAGAGCUAGAAAUGCAUGAUCGCAACUGACUGAUGAUACAGUAUGAAUAUGAACACUGAGGACCAGAAGCACGGUGAACAGCAGAAUGGUGAUACAGUAUGAAUAUGAACACUGAGGACCAGAAGCACGGUGAACAGCAGAAUGGUGAUACAGUAUGAAUAUGAACACUGAGGACCAGAAGCACGGUGAACAGCAGACUGAUGAUACAGUAUGAAUAUGAACACUGAGGACCAGAAGCACGGUGAACAGCAGACUGAUGAUACAGUAUGAAUAUGAACACUGAGGACCAGAAGCACGGUGAACAGCAGACUGAUGAUACAGUAUGAAUAUGAACACUGAGGACCAGAAGCACGGUGAACAGCAGAAUGGUGAUACAGUAUGAAUAUGAACACUGAGGACCAGAAGCACGGUGAACAGCAGAAUGGUGAUACAGUAUGAAUAUGAACACUGAGGACCAGAAGCACGGUGAACAGCAGAAUGGUGAUACAGUAUGAAUAUGAACACUGAGGACCAGAAGCACGGUGAACAGCAGACUGAUGAUACAGUAUGAAUAUGAACACUGAGGACCAGAUGCACGGUGAACAGAAGGACCGACAUAUACAGUACUUAGUAAUGCCAAUAUAUAUACUGUUUAACACAGUACAUAAUACCAGUUAUUACACUGCUGUUGUAUAUAUUGUGCUAUUACACAUGGAAGAGUUUAUUUACUAUAUGUACAUAUUUGUAUAGUGAAUAAACAUUCGCUAUACAACACAAGAGAAUGAACAUUCUGUAUUAUCAAUCGUCUUUCUAUGAAAUGUUUGGGCUGUGGGUAUCUAUGUAGGGUUUUGUCUCAAACGCAAGCAGCUGAGGAUCUAAUUCGUAAUGCACUGCACUGAUUACUGGAAUCGUUCAUGUAAUAACUCAAGGUAAAUGUUUAUUCUAUGGGGAGUGCAAAUCAGAGGUGUGUCUCGUAGUGUCACCUGUUCUCAGUGGUGGUAUGUGCAGUACAUUUUCCUUAGCAUAAUUCCACAUGUCGAUUCUGUCAGGUGGGUAGGCAACAUGCCAUAAUAAAUCCACAAAGCUUCACAUAGA